UAUGCUCUACUUUAUCACAUUUUAAUAUAUCGAGAGUAAUGCGUUUACGUCGUAUCAGGCAUUCUAUCUUUGUACUCACAUGCUUUAAGCUAUUAAACAGUCACAUAUCAUCGUGCAUGGCUGGCUGUGAGUUUUCUGAAUCAGAUAUUAGGGAGAACAAAGUGUAUAAAUAGCAAACAAAUGAAAAGCAGGUCAUGAUGAACUUUAUUAUGCCACAAUAGGUCAAGGUUUGCUUUUGAAAAGUUAAAAGUGAAACAAAAUGUGAGGUGGUAUUGUUGUUCUGGGACUUACUUUAGAUGCGCCACACAAGGAUAGCUAUAACAGCAGCUUGGUAAACAUGGUCGACAGACUGACGGAUAAAGAUGUCAAAGAGUACAGGCGAGUGUUUGACGAGUACAAGGGCCGGACUGGGGAGGUGGAGUACAGGCACCUGGAGAAGAUGCUGAACAAGCUGAGCCAACAGCCGGACGAGUUGGAGAUGGAGUCCAUCUACGAACACCUCGACAUUUACUGUAAUGGUUCUAUAAGUUUUCCGCACUUCCUUACGCUAAUGGCGAACCGGUUUAGCGUUGAGGUACUGGACACUAAAGCGCGCAAGAAGCGGCAAGAAGCAGACGACUUGCUCAGCGAGAUGAAAGAGGCUUUCAAGGUCUUUGACGGGGACGGCAACGGUUAUAUUAGCCAAGCGGAGCUAAAACACACGCUGUACAAGAUGGGGGAGCGACUGAUGGAGGAGGAGAUCGAGGAGAUGAUGAUGGAGGCGGACACGGACGGCGACGGGCAGAUCAGCUUCCCAGAGUUCUGCCGGCUGGUACGAAUACAGGAAAUGGAGGACAAUCCCGGAAGUCAGAUGAGUCAAAACAUAAACGCCACCCCCAGCCAGAUCGCCUCAGCCCUCUCAGGAAUACAGGAAGUGGAUGACUAGCACACAUGCACGCGUGAGAGAACAUAUUUGGUAUAAAAAAAAACAUGUUUUAAUGAAAAGUGGAAUUUCACAUGCGUGAAUCUGCCGUUUUGGGUCAAAACGUGCGUUCAUGCUGAUUCAAAUUUAUGCUAAAUCAUUUCGUGCACGAUAUCUGUAUAAUACAUCCAUACAUAUGGAGUCGUUGGAAUAAGGGUAAAGCCCGACAUCAUUCAAUUUGGAGUAUUGGGGCAACGAUUAGUCAUUUAGUUGCCCACAAUGACCGGAUGGGUUAUGGGCUGCGGGUAAAGGGCGGUGGAAUGUACGAAGCUCGGGCUUCAGGCCCCAACGCUUACCCGCACCCAUGUAGGAUGUUCAUUUUAAUGUACCAUACUUUAGCUUUGAAGUAUUAUUGUGUUUUGAACUUGCUGUAUUGAGGCUGACCCCUCCCGCCAUUAUUGGCACGAUGUCGAAUUUUUAAUGAGUACUCAGGUUUCAAGAUGGUGGAACUCAAACUCAGAAACUCAGAAUUUGUCAUUAUCUGGCCCCGUUGGGGACCUCAAUAUAGAUAUAUAUGUUGUUUGUCAGGCAUGAUUCAGGUAGAAAUUAAAGAGAGUAUUUGGGAGAGCUAUUUGUAUUUCUAAAGGGGCCCCAUCCACAAUUUAUAAAAUUUACAAUACUAAUUUAUGCCACCAACUGUGCAAUCACGUUCUCAUUCAUCAGAGGUUUGAUAAUGAUAAAUCUAAAUUAUGUUUGCAUAGCAUCAUCACUCGAGUGUAUGCAGUGUAUGUCGAGAAUGCGCAAUCAGUGUUUUAAAUAUUUUGAUUCAGUUGUACUCCGACAACCAUUCCACAGUAGUAUGAUACUAAUAAGAGUGACACCUUGUUAACAAAUAGUUGUGCUAGAUCUGAUUUCGUCAAUAUAUUGAUCAAGUCUUCGAUAUUGUUCAAUGGUUGUCGGGUUAGCGCGUGGUUAGCGCACUCGCUUCUCACCAAGGCGACCCGGGUUCGAUUACCGGCCGUGGCGCAUGUGAGUUUGAUGUGUGGUCACCCAAGCCGGACAAGUGGCUUUCCUCCGGGUAUUCCGGUUUCCCCCCACAACACAAGACCCCACUUUCAUGCAACAUCGUCCAACGAGAGAGAGUGAUUAAUAUAAUAUUGUAGUAACUUGUUUCACAAUUGUCGUAAAAUAAAUAAGUUUAAACUUUAAGUCAUGUUUAAUAAUAUUGUCCUAUAUUGAACGCUUCAAGAACAAAAUUAUUUUAAAAUGAUCAUAAUUGCACCUUGUCGGGGAAUGUCAUUGUUAUCAUUACUCACUUGUGAAAUAUGAUAAGAAUAUCGUUACUGAAGGAUUAUGAUUCUGGUAAGAUUACUUUUAAAUAGUUCAAGCUAAGUUUAUAUGUAUAUAAGCUUUUAUAUUGUUUUCUUAUUAUGUUUGAAAUACGGGAUUAUUUGUUGCGGCAAUAAAUCUACAUAUUUGUCUCAUAUGAUUGUGUAUUGUUCAAAUGCCAGAUAUUUUAGCUGCCAUUCGUUGAUAUUUAUUAUAUUGUUACACCAUUUAAGUGCGUACUGAAAUGUUUAUAUGUGUCAAAAUAAUCGUUUUUUAAAUUAAUUGUUCUUUUUAUGAUGUAAGUAUGUUACACUAUAAUUGUGUUUUCUGACUUUACAUACAAACAGUUUAUGUUCUGGUACCGGUGUUAUUUUUCGACUUCUUUUGUUAUGAGAAAAAAAAAAUGGAAAAAUAAAAAAUGUCAAUAGCCUGA